AUGGCGGACCAUAAUCCUCCAUGGCAUGGCCGGGGGGUCCAGAAUACUCCCUCCGCCACGAAUAGUCCCCUCUCACCAACAAACCCGGGCAGAGUUCCCCCCUCCUUCGAACGGAACGUCAAUCGCCAAAAGACCCAGCGCUGGGUUCAAGCGAAGCAGUAUUCAUACGAUGGUGGCGACUGGGGUGACGAUGACGACGAAGAAGAGGAGGAAGAGCCACCCGUGGCACCUGCGCCUCCAUACGCCACGCACAAGACGGGCAGCACCUCCGAGUUGAGCUCCAGGCGCUUGUCUGGACUUGGAUUUGGAACUGAGGAGUCUCGCGCCAGUCCCACCACCGAAGUCAGGCCACUUCCCAGUGCUAGCGAUCAGAAGUCACUGCCUUUCAUUCGACCGGCCGAUAUCUACAAGCGAAUGCGCGAAGAGCGAACACCACAAGGUGAAGCUGCGAGUUCAGGACGUCCAUCAGAGCCUCAGAGCUCUAUGCCAUCCGGUCCUGCCUCGACUCAGCCUGUGGUGACUGGUGGCAAUGGCACCAUGCCUGGGAAUUCAAACACCUCACAAACCACUCAAAAUGUGCCCUCCAUGGCACUGCCAGAGUUGAAAAGAAUGUCAGGAUUUGGUGCCGACUUCCUCGGUUCCACUGACCCAAGCUCCCAACAAAGUGCAAGCUCCGAGUCCCCGGAGGCUUCGCUACAUCACAAUCCAUCGCAGGCCUCCCAAGACUCCCAGGCCUCUCAGGGCUUCACAUCGGUGGUUCACCAGGCCUUCGACGUUCCAGAGACUCCCAACUCCACUGCCGGCAGUGUGGUGCGGUCAAACAGUGACGGAAGUUCUGUCAUUAGUCCAGUAAUCAGUCACCGUGCCGUUCAGGACGACAAAACGCCCACGAUUCCUGAGGAACCCGCGGAGUCUAGUACCCCCACCGACGCGCCCAAGGAAAGUGCGGACCAGGCUCCAUCCUUCAAGCCCGGUCAUCGACGUGACAUAAGCCUUCCCGAGAGUGACAAUAGCCCUUCAAGAAGACCUGUGGUUACGGACAGUCAGGUCCCCUCCGCAGGGCAGGCCGAGAUGUCAUCGGUCUCGCCGGGUCAAUCUGGCUCACCGGAGAGACCGGCCGACGUCCCAGGCUCCCUGGGCACAUCAAUCCCCUCGAGUACGACAGCCGAUACUUUCGUCGCACCUCUCAAAUUUGGAAGCAAUGGUACAAUCGCAUCUGAAGGCUAUCGAGGCGAGAUUCCUACAAUCAUUCCUGCAAGUGCAGGCAACUCGCCGCAGGACACUGACAACGAUCGAUUGCGUGAAGAGAUCAUGCGUUCGCUAAGCCGGGAGAACUCACAGGAGCCUGAGCCUGAGCCUCAGCCACAGGCACCCCAGGAUGGGUCUAUCCCGCAAAAUUAUGAGAAGUACUGGGAUGAUUCGGUCGGACCGGGUAUAAAUGAAGUCCCGAGACCAUUGGUCUCAGAAACCCACCCCGACUGGACUAACACACACCCUCUGGCUGCCCAGGACCCAUAUGCAGCUACGCAAACGCCUGUUGAGACAGUUCCAUCAGCCAACGCUGAGCCAAAGAGGCCCCGAUUGGGACGGCGUUUCUCGUGGGAGUCGGCCACGUCCGAUGAAGAACCUGCGGCACAGUCUCCCGAGACAGAUCACAUGGUUCCUUCUUUGAGCACAGCUCUGGCUGCCCAGCCACCCGAGCCUAUCGUUGAAAACCCAGAGCCCAUAGCGGAGAACCUGCCCAGGGAUCAGCCAUUGACUGCGGGCGAAAUUCUCGACGACACUCAGCGCGUUGAGAAGCCCAGGCUUUCAAUCGUACCCCCAAUCCCACAGACAAACUCUCCACCGGAGGAAAUCGCGAUCCCCACCGGUGGUCAAUUAGCUGAAAGGGAAGUGUCUUUGCCAGUCGGAACAUCAAAGGUCGAUGAAAACAAGCUGCAAGGUUUCCGCGAUAUACUCAACAAGACAUCUCCUGCGGAGCGCAUCCGAGCCUUUGACCAAACUCGAGAGCAAUUCGCAACUCUAGAUACGGGUAUCAAGGCUUGGCUUGAAUUUACCGUGCAUGCUCAUCCAGAGCAUGCCGAUCUUGUUCAUUCCACUCAGACUCUAUCGUCUGGCUUCACACGGACCUCGCCCACGACUAGAAAGUUCCCCAAACUCACAUCUCUCGGCAAUCUUACCUCCAAGGAGGAGGGGGCUCCAGCUGGUGCCGGUCAUGCCAGGCGCCCAUCUGGUCACAUUGGAACCAUUGUGACUCGGCAAAAUGUCGAGCAGCGUGGCAAGGACCUUCUUCACACGGCUGGCACUUUCAGUGGCAAGGCAGGCGAAGCUGCCAAGGGCUUGUUCGCUAAGGGCAGGAGCAAGUUCCGACCCAGCGGAGACAAGGUAGAUACGUGA